GCGUGCGUGCGUGCGUGCGUGCUGUGCGUGUGUGUGUGUGUGUGCGUGUGUGUGUGUGUGUGUGUGUGUGUGUGUGCGUGUGCGUGUGCGUGUGUGUGUGUGUGUGUUUGUUUUUGUUUUUUCCCAAUUGUGUGUGCAUCCCCCGUUUUGCAUUAAGACAUCCGCACCUUUUAUGAUGCACAUUCCCUCCCCAAGAACCUUGUAAAAAAGCAGUUAAGGACAACCGCUGGAGUAGAGGUACAGAGGGUCAAGAGGAACAGCCAUAAGUUCACAAGCAUUCCAGUGGGCUGCUCCGGCAACUCAUAGUGAAAAAGAGUACGGCAAGAUUAAAAAGCGAUCCUGCAUUGAUACCGCAAUAUGAUCACGCUGGUUAUUUUAAAAUAAAUCUUACUUACCUAAUGCGCAAAAAAACGAUAUUGGAGACGCAGAUUUUGCAGCCGAUGAUAAUUGAAAAGAGUGUACAAGUCUUAAUUUUGAAUCUUAAUGGUUUGGAUAAUUGACACGGUGGAAGGGUUCGCGCGUCUCACUGCGCGCGCUUGGAUCAUCGGGACGCAACGUUAUCUGCAAUUAAAAGACGCUCACACGCGCGACUUGAGGUGAGGAGAAAUGAACAGCAGAACCUUUCACGAUUAUAUAACAAAAGCAUGUCAGAGACCGUGUGAAUAUGAUAUUUGGAUUCUGCAUGGGCUUAUCCGAAAUGCGCUGUGGGACUCCAGAGAUGUUGAAUAGUUGGAGAGUUGACUUGAUUCCAUAAAGAAAAGAGAGAAGCCGAAAAAGAUCGGAGAGGAUGUCUGGGGCAAAUGAAACCUUAAACACAGAGGAGAGCUUCAGAGUGGUCAUCCGUCUGUGUGCAUUAAACAGACCAGAAUAUUCUAUUCCAUUAGAUGAAUCCAGAACCUCCAUCCAAGUGACAGAUCGCAACAAAGUAGUUGUCGACAUUGGAAAAAACCACAAGCCUCAUAUUAUGGGUUUUGAUGAAGUUUUAGAUGAGGAGUCUUCCCAAAAAGAUGUUUACGAGUCAACGACAAAGUCUCUGGUUGAGUAUCUAAUGCAGGGUUAUAACGGUUGUGUAAUUGUUUAUGGGUCUCCGGGCAGCGGUAAGACUCACACAAUGCAGGGCAGCAGCGUCUCAUCCAAACACAGAGGCAUCAUCAGCCGUGCCGCUGAAGACAUCUUCACCUCCCCCAAAGCAUCUCACUGCAAAAUCAAAGUUUCAUUCUAUCACAUCUUCAAUGAAAAGAUUUUUGACCUUUUGGAUCCAAAGGGGAGUGAGGUUAUCUGGAUGCGUGACUGUGAGGAGGUGGUUCGCCUCGACGGCCUGACAGAGAUGGAGGUAAGCUCCGCCCAGGAUCUGCUGCAGGUGCAUCGCCGUGGCUCCGCCCUCAGACACACAGGUAUCUCAAAGGGGGAUUUUCCAAGCAGGUCCCAUGCAGUGUUCAACAUUGUGGUCAUUAACAAAAUGGCCCAGUCUCCUGGGGGAGUUUUAACUGCUAGCAAACUCACGCUGGUGGACCUGGCAAGCUCAGGAAAAUGUCGUAAUUCUGCGUCUCCCGGUGUGAAGAGAACGAUCAACACUACAAAUGACAACCCACAAGAGGCUAAGAUGCUAAAACGCUCCCUCACCAUAUUCGGAAAUGUGAUUUUUGCUCUCAGCUCUGUGGGGUGUCAGCAUGUACCAUACAGAGAAUCUAAACUGACCCGAGCUCUCAGAGACUGUUUGGGAGGAAACUGCCGGACGUGUUUAGUGGUGACCGUGUCGUCUCACUCGCCUUUGUCUGAGACUCUCAGCUCUCUGCAGUUUGCCUCCAGAGCCAUGGCCGUGCCUUCACGGCCCAUAUAUACAUCUCAGUUACAUUACACACCUGAACAGAUGUGUUCAUCUUAUCUAAAUGGAAAGAAAGAAGUGAAUCAUCUGAACAGACAGCAGGUUUUACCUCCGGUCGGAUCCGACAGAAGGUCCCAGACUUGCUCGCUCCCCAUCCUCUUGAGCUCAUGCAGUCCCUCUGAACCCAAACCCAGCUCAAGCCACUGUGGAGAAAUGCUGGAGCUCAGGUCUUUUCUCCCUCAGUUAGAGAAACCAGGUCAAACUGAACCAGGUGGGCGUUAUAGCCGUGGAUCUCGACCUGUGGAUGAAAGGAACAAAGCUGAUGCUAGACUGACCCGCUCCCUAUCUCGCUGCCUCUCUGGGGUUGUUCUCCAUGAUGCUGGAGGGAGUGAAAAACAUGCAAAAGUACUGGAGUUUUCACCUGGACCCCGGCAUUCUGUAGAGAGGCUCUCCAUGACGACUCUUGAACCCUCUGUAGCAUCUUCAACCGCCGUGGAGUGUCCCAACUGUAGCCGGGAGCGAAAGAUCAGAGAGGAAUACGAUAAGAUUAUCGUUCAGGCCAGAAGAGACAAAGAUGCUUUGAGUCAAAAACUAUUAGAACUAGAGAACGAGCUGAAGAGGAGAGGAAAAGAGGAGAGAGACGAUGAAGCAACCAGGGAAACAAAAUUAAAUGGACUUACAGAGAAAGCAGGACCUAACAGCAGGACAUCAGAUGUCUCAGAAGGUCUAAAGACUGCAGAGGUGUGUGUGCAAACAGAAGCAGAUGGUUUGAAAGCAGAUUUGUGUGUGUGUCGUGAAAGAGAGAAGUUCCUGAUAGAGACAUUGCAUUCUGAGAGACAGAGAACGACCCAGGACACUCAAGAACUGUACGUCCAGCUCAACAGAGUACAAGAGCAAAACAACCAGCUCAUGUCAACACUUCACAAGCAGCGGGAGAACCUUCUGGCAGAACUGCAAAGCAGCAGAGAGGAGCUUGAAAAACAAGAGAAUGCAUCUCUUACCAUUAACCAGCUCAGGACUGAAAAGGGUGAAUUAAUGUCACAUUUAGAGGACACCAAAAGUUCCUAUGAAAAGGUGUGUAUGGAGAAUUCCAGUUUGAGACAAAAACUGAAGUCAUUUCUGAGGGAGAUCAACUCUGCACCCUUCAGCGGGUCCAGUGGUGCAGACACAGAUACACAUAUGCACACGGUCACAACAAAUACUGAGAUGAUCGUUGUAUCGCACCAUGUGUCUCAGCAGGGCCCUGCAAGUCCCAAGCAAGGAAGCCAAUGUUGCUUCAGUCAGUUUCAACAUCCUGAGAUGGAGUCUGAAACCACAAACAGUAGCGACUGUGAACGGCAUCUGUAUAAACCCAAAAACCUGUACAAGCAGUUGAGGAGAGAACACAGUCUGCUGCUGGACGUGAUGUUGGUUCUGUACAGGAGAGAGUGGUUCCUUCAAGAUGCCAUACCAUACGUAAGGCGUACACUCAGGAAGUGUGGACUAAAGCCUGAAGAUAUAGACUAAUGACUCUGUGCUUGUACAGUAUGUGUGUGUGAGCUCCUGGCUGUGGGAAAAGCUGGCCCUGCGUAGGGGAUGAAUGUAGGACCAAUCUCUCUCUCUGUUCCUCUUUC